UGCAAAUAGUUCGGAUAGUUUUACUCAGUGUCGGCGUUAAUGCGAGAGAACGCUCCUCCCAAAGAUUGAGCAUGAGUUUGAAUAUUAGCAGUCAGCGAUCUCGGUACCGAGAUUCAAUGCGGUAAAGAGCCUUUUGAAGUCGUACGCGAGAUUAAGACCGGGUGCGACGAUAAUCAAAUUUGUAUGUUUCCCUUUUUUCUUUUUUUCUUUUUUUUUCUUCGAGGUGUAAAGCGAGGUACACGUGGACAUGUAGCAUGUAGGAUGAUCUGCAGAGUGUCGAUACUAGUUUAUCCAAUUGUUACGAAACGGCUCGUUGAACCGAAAUAACUGUCCUAAUUAUAUCUUAAUGUUACAUGUCGUGUUUAUACCGAGCAUUAUGGAAAUGUGUUAACCCGUAAUAAAUAUAUUAUGGUUUACGAUGAAACAAGUGUCUCUGUAAUCUCGAUGUGACGUCUUCGCCAGCAAUAACCGAGGUUCGGAUCCGAGAGCCGAGACUUUAUCCAUUUUAUAGGAAUAAAAGGAAAAAAAAAAGGAUAAACGAUUGAACUAAGAAGUCGACCCGCUUUCAUUUGUUCUCUUCUAGUUGCACGUACCCUGCAAUGGCUCGCGUUAACCAAUAAAUUAUUUCGACCCAUGGAUCAUGGAAAUUGACAAGUCCAAUUAGAGCAACACCCAAGAAACCUGAAAACAGUAACUCGGUGCGGCAGAUAAUUAUCCCAUUAAAAAUGUACAAUCAACAGCGAACAUUAUUUGUAACGAAAGUAAACUCGAUCUCGCUCCGAAAUUAACGUUGAUCGCACAAGAUGACAGAGUAAGUACUGAUAAAUAAAUAAGCAAGAUAUUUAGAAAAUAGAGACGAGGUAUCUGCGGUAAUCAGUUUUUUUUUUUUUUUUUUUAACGAGUCCAUCAAUCGUCCUUCCAGGGAGAAAACGAAGAGGAAGAUGCAAAUGGACGCGAUGCAGGACCCGAAGAAAAAAUCCCACCCAGCUUUGCGCAGAAACCUCGGAAAGCUCUGGCACCACUUCCGAGUGCUGACCCCGAGGUCAUCGAUCCUACAAGGGUCAUACGCAAUGACCGACCCACGAUUCAAGCCCAGAAGUCGAGGUCACCAGGGAACGUCUUGCUCGGUGGUGGCCAUAGUGUUCGGUCGCCUCUUCGAGCCAAAAGACUGGACGAGCAACUACGUCGACCAGACCCUACGAGUCGGCGACAACCUCUUCAGGGUGAGCCAGUACCGGAAUCGAGUUCCUCCAGGCACGUACCUAACGACGAACCUGGUGCACCCGGAGUUCUUCGUGGGCGACUACAAGUGCUCGAUCUGCGUGGAAGCCAGCAAGGUCUACGGGAACCUCUUCAGCGAGACCACGGGAUGUCCAGGACUCUCGGAGGGCCUGCAGAGAUUUUUCCGAACCUCGGACGCAGGGGUGGUAACGGCCCAGGGGACGUCGAUAGCCAUUUGGAGGCACAAGGACGAAGGCUUCCUAUAUUACGACUCCUCAGGGUGCGACGAGGAGGGGUCUCGAUGUCGCGAAGGAACGGCAUGUCUCAUUCGCUUCGAAUCCCUGGACGACCUGGUGGAAUCGUUCCUGAGGAACAUGGACAGGAAGUUCGACUCGAGGUACUGCAUCGACAAGGUCAGCGUCCUGAGGGUGGUGCCCAUGAGUCAGUUGAUGAAGAGAUUUACGUCGGAAUAUCCGCAGAAGGGUCAAGGCUCGGAACUGGUUGUCGAUAAAAAGGUGCUGAGAGCCAUCAACCCGGUGGACCUGGAAGAGAGGAAGCUGGAUUGUACUCAUCCAGCUCCUAAAAUGGAAAAGGGAACCCCGAAGGAAUCGUCAGGUUUCGCGGGGACGAAGGUCCUGGAGGAGCCCCUCGACAUCUCGAUCUCGAAUUUCAGCAUCGACGCGAAAUUCGCGGUGAGGCCUCUCGUCGAUCAGGACUCCUUCGACACGGGUUACCCUUACGACGACAUGCUCGUCAACAUCCCGGAUACGUUUCGAGAGCUGCCAGGAGACGUGGCCAUUCUUCACGGGUGGACUCACGAAGGCAGCGACGCGUAUAAAGGGAAGGGUGCCCAGAACGUGGUGAACUGCGCCAUGUCGGUAGCCAUGAAGAAGGUCCACCCAGUGCGGACCUGGCUGAGACCGAAAUUGGACGAGAUCCUGACCCUAGGAGACGCCUUGUACGCAGAGGUCAAGUCUGAAAAACCAGGACUCAAGUCCAUCACUGCGACGGACCUUAACGAGGCGAGGUUCCAGAUAGAGGGAACGAAGUUGAUCCUGGAAGUGGACCUGAUCACCGUCUCCGGGACGAUCAGCUCGAAGGUGCCCAAUGUCCUGAACCUGAAGAGAGCCCUCGAAGAGUUCUUCCUGGGGAACACCGACGGGGUGAUCGAGUGCUCGGCGAUGGCCACGGCGGUGUGGACCCAGGACGACGUCUUCUACAUGUUCGAUCCCAGACAAUGUGGACCAACCGGGAUAAGGAUCCUUGAAGAGAAGGGAAAGGGUGGGAAAGGUGGGAAGAAGGACGCCAAACAAGGCGCAGGGACCGAGAAGAAGAUCAAGGGGAAGUGUUGCGUGAUGCGGUUCCCAAAUGUCGAGGAGCUGGUGUCGCUCUUCAGGGUCAACCUCGACCCCGCGAAGAGGAACGACCGGUUCACCGUGAGGAGGGUCAAGGUCCUCGAGGACGUGGCCGGUAGUAGACCUUGGAACGAUUUCGGGCCCAGUCAGGCUGGGAGGUGGGUUCUUCGAGGUGGGAUCACCAGCGAAGACGCGGAUUUCGAGGACGAGAGCAGAGGUCUUCAGGGUCUGGCCAUUCCCGUAACCGGAUUAGUGUUCGCCAAAGAGACUCCACCUUCCAAGUGGACGAAGGAGACGGUCGACGACGCUAUCAAGGAAGGCGACGCAUACUUCAACUGGUGCAUCCCUCCCGAAGAGGAGGGCGAUCGGAAGCUUCUCCCUGGAACCUUGAAGAGAACCUUGUACGUGAAGGGCAGGAAGGUAAAGAUCGGCCUGGAAGAGUCCUCCGUCGUUGGAGACCUCAAGGCCGGCUCCGGAGGACAGACCCUGGACCUACCUCGAGGCAUCGCCCAGUUUCUUCAGGAUCGCCAAUUCGGCGUUCUCCAGGUCGGCGACUCGUCGGUGGCCGUUUGGAAAUUCGAGGAGGAGCUGAAGGAUAAGACGAAGGAGACCGCGUAUUACCUGUUGCAUCCAAACCCACGGAUCGACAUGAGCCAAAAAGCCGGCGCAGCGGAGGAGGACCUUGCAGGCUGCGUCGUGCGGGUCCUGGACCCCGAGAGCCUCGCCGAGGUCGUCGAGAAGAACCUCCCUGCCACCGAGGAGAGCAAAGAGUUCUCCAUCCACGAGGUGAAGAUCCUGUCGGUCGGGCAGCCGAUGACCGAGGAGGAAAUCGAAAAGGAUAAAGAGGUCCCCGAGAAACCCGACUUAAACAACUUCGGUGUGGUCGGCGACGACGGCGCCUGCCUCAACGGCAGCAUCGACCAGGCCAACGAGGCAUUGUUUAAACAUCGAACAAGGGACAAGCAACAAGCCGCGAACUCUAUAAUAGCUUUGGCCAUGACCAGACUCUACAAUCCGCACUACUGGAACCGAGAAGUCGUCGACGACAUCGUCAAGUUAGGGGACAAGAUGACCAUCGACAACAUCGACGCGGUGCCCGAACCUGACGAAGACGACGAAGUACCCAGGGACUAUUUACUACCUAGCGAAGUGGCGAAAGAGUUCAACAUCGGGGUCAACAAGAUGACUCUUGACCUGGAAGAGGAGGCAGCCGAGGGGAAGCUUUCGGAUCUGCAGAAACACCUCGAAGAGUUUUUCGAGGGGAACAAGAUGGGCAUUUUCCGGCAGGGGAAGGUCAUGAUGCCCGUCUGGAAGGAGGGCGACGUCUUCUUCAUGAUGGAUCCCAGAGGCAGGGACGCGCAGGGCAAUCCCAAGGAGAAGGACGGAGCGGCAUCGGUGCUCUGGUUCACUUCUCUCUCCGCCCUGGCCGGAAGUCUUCAGAAAUCCGCACGUUCCGACGAUGACUUCGUCAUCGACUCGGUAACAAUGGAGACGGCCCUUGAAAGCCGAGGAGAAGAGCUAGGAAGAACCACCUCGACCGAAGAACUCUGGCACCAUUUUCCAAAAAUGGAGGAUGGAAUCUGGGGGUUCGAGGGGAAGGUCUCGAUGGCCGACGAAAGGUUCGCCCUGGAGAACAGGAAUAAGCAAAGCGCAGCUAUGGCGAUGAUGGGGGUCGUCUUCUCGAAAGCUUAUCACCCUCGCCAAUUGCGAGGUGACGUCCUCGACGAGGUCGUGAUAACCGGGGAUAAGUUGCACUCGAAGUGCGUCGAGAGACUAGGUUCCAUUCCCAAAGUUAACGACGUUCUCAGGGAGUUCUUCAUAUCGAGCCGAAGAAUAAGCCUGACCCUGAAGGACUGCGUGGAGGCCGGAGACAUCAAGGGCCAUCCUCCGAAAUCGCAGGACCUGAAAACGGGGCUCGACAAUUUCUUCAAGAACUCCUCUUCAGGGGUCUUGACGAUAGAUGGCAAGAUCAACAUUGCCAUUUGGAGGUAUAAGGACGUCUACUACUGCCUGGUACCAGGGAUACCUGGUGCCGAUGACCAGGUGACGCUCCCCAGGGUGGGGCGUUUCGUCGACACCGAGAAGAUGAUGGGGUUCCUGGGGAAGAUAUUAGGUGACGAAGGAGAUUACGAGAUCACGGCAGUGGACGUAGUCGAUUGGAACAAGUUACCACCCUGGAAGUUUGACCCCAGCCCUGCCGUACGACCCGCGAACCUGCCACCCUUGAACGCCUUCAGGAGACUUCAGGGCGCCGCCAGAGCGAUCCUCCGAGGAGCAACUCAUCAGGCCUCCGAGGUAUUCCCUGAAGACGUGAGGAAUCAGCAGACCGCCUCCAACUGUGUCGUAGCUUUAGCCAUGGCCGUCGUGAAGAGCCCCGUGACGUGGACCAGAAGCACGCUGGACGAGAUCCUGGUGAUCGGGAACAACGUCCACAGGGAGACCAUGAAGACCUUGAAGACUCUCCCCUCGGUUCAGAGACCUCGUCCCCAGGAUGUGGUCAGGGUCUUCCAUCUGGGGGUGAACGUGCUGACAGCCGACGUAGAGCCUGGUGCCGUCACCGGCCAAGUUGCGAUUCCUCCCCCGGAGCCUGAGGUGAAAGGGAAGAAAGGUAAGAAGGAGAAGAAGAAGAAGCCCCCGAAGAAGGGGAAAAAAGGGAAAACCAAGCGGGAGAAGCCGCCCCCUCCUCCGCCGAUACUUCUCGAAGAGGGCCUCUCAAAGUUCUUCCAGGAUAACAAAGCAGGGGUCCUGGUCACUGGGCGCUACAUGGCAGCCAUUUGGAAGGACUUCGGGGUGUACUUCAUGUACGAUCCUAGAGCGAGGGGGAAGGAAGGCACGGAAGACCAGAACGGAGCAUCUUGCCUCGCGUGGUUCGCCUGCAUGGAGCCAUUUUACGACCUGGUCUUCCGGAACAUCGACCAAGCCGAAAAAUAUGGCUCAUACGAGAUCUGCAGGGUCAUCAUCAGGACCAUUGUCAUCGACCCCCUCCCUUGCCCCGCCGGGUUCAGGCCGAUUCAGGAGUGCACCGUGCCUUCCAUCCCCGUCUCGUCCCUGAAGAGAACCACCACGUUGAACGUCGAGACCUUGACCGAGUUCAAUCGCGUCGAUGCGGGGACCAGCGUUCUUCGGGGCACUCUUCAUCUUCAACACCCGAGCUUUCGCGUUUCUAGCAGAGGGCUUCAGGCCACUUCAAUGGCCGCCGUGGCCAUCGUGGUCGGACUUUUGCACGUCCCCUCCACUUGGACCCCGGAGCUGAUAGACGCGAUCUUGAAGUACGGGGACGUCUUGCACGUCGACUCCGCCAGGAUUGCUCGACCCGGGGCCAGAAACCUCUCCCCUGGAGAACUGCUCACCGUCUUCGUCGUCGGCGACUGCAAGGCCAGCAUCCACGUCCACAGACACACCGCCGCAGGGAUUCUGCAUCCCUUCGACCUGGCCGAGGCUCUCGUCCUGUUCUUCAGAAACAACUGCUCCGGGAUCCUGCACACCAACAACGUCGCGACGGCCGUCAUGCAGCAUUACGGGAUGUUCUACUUGUUCGACCCUUGCUCGAGGAACGAGGCAGGUCGACCCUGCUUAGACGGCGCAGCCUGUGUGAUCAAGUGCGACAGCGUCGAAAGGAUGGCCAGGAUCUUCGUGAACAACUGCAACUUCGGCAAGCCUAACGUGUACACUCUGAAUGCCGUCAACGUCCUCAGCCUGCACUUCUUCUCCGGCGCGAAAAGCGAGUGUCCUCCACCCUGUCGGAAGUGACGAACAAAAAGCGCAUCGCCAUCCCUAUCAACG